CUUAAAAGAAGCUAUUAGUCUCUUGAUCUUUUGAUGUCGUCAGUUUAUUGGUUAUUUUUCCAAAAACAAGACUUCAGCAUACCUCUGCACAUCAGCAGGGAUAAGAGUGAGGAUAAAGGGGGCUGGGCUGUUUAGGAAACACACCAAAGGACUGAGGCAUUUAUCCUUAGAGCGUCCUUGAGUCUCAGACCAACCACCAUAGAUUCCUGCUACUUUGACUAUCGUCGACCCGCCAUGAUCUCCUACCUGGUAUUACUUGCUGUCAUCCUCUGUGGCGUCACGUCUCAACCAGCCAACAUCACAGAAGAUCUCUACAAGAACCAAACAUUUGGUGUUUCUACACAUAGGAACAAUACAACAAAACCAAACUAUGAGGCAAAAAGUUUGGACAAAGAAAAGCUGAAUGAGAUUGAGAGCGAGCUGGAAAAAAACAACACAUCAAUUAUCUAUGAGGAUAAUGAAAACUUCCAGGACCAGAAUGUAAUCUUACCAGAACACUGCAACCAGGACACCCUGAGGGAGUAUAGUUACAACUACUGUGGUGCAGUUUUUCAUGCAGAGAUGCAAAACAUCAGCAGAGAAGACUGGUGUGUCCUGAAAAGCAUUAUCAGGCCUUACAAUGAUCUGACGCAAUGUUUGGAGACAGUGGCCGAUUUUGCUGGCUGCUUUUUUCCUAAUACUGACAUCCAAGACUUCUUCAUCUACAUCCACUCCACCUAUUUCCAGGACUGCACAGAGACAGAAAGAAAAGUUCUGAUUGAGGACGCCCCCACUAGCCUGGUGGUGGCUCUCACCAUCAUCCCAGUGAGCUUCAUCCCUGUACUGGUUUGUCUGGUGCUUUGGAAAAGUUAGUAGUUGACUGGCCCGGAUUCCAAACGAUUCUGCUUUAGCUAGGACCAACUUGUCCAUUAAAGCUUUAAAAAGAAGACAUUUUUUUGAGAAAAUGACUAGAAAAUACUUUUUUUUUGCCAAAUAUUUAUAUACAGCAUAUUCUCUUCCGUCUGCCAAAUGCAAACUCUAAAUAAUGUACAUGUAAAUAUUCACCAUGUUAUUAUUUCUCUGCAACUAAUGUAUUAUUUUUCUUUACUCUAGCAUUAUUCUUAUACAACUAUCUAUGUAUAUAUCUCAACUGUUUGUUUAUCUGUGUAGCACCUACAGCAAAGCAAACACAUCAUAUGUGUUAAAGUAUUUUUUGUGAUAAAACUUUUUUCUCUGAUUCUUAUAUGAAACACAAUUUAAAUGGAAAAUACAUGGAAAUAAAUGGAAAUAUACA